AUGAAUAAUAGAAGCUCAAGAAACCGCCCGCAAUCACCCGCUGAUGAACUUGGGCUUGGACAUAUUGAUGCGAGUUCCACUUCACAUGAUCUGCCUACAAAUAGUAACAAGAGCAUUGUGUGGAUUGUAAAGAAAAUUGUUUUGGCAAGCAUUCCUCUCGGUUUUGCAGCGGUGUCCCAAAUCUCCAUUGGAGCACUUUCGGUGGCAACAGUGGGCAGAAUGGUUGGGGUUACGCAACUUGGCGCCACUUCACUUGCCUUUGGACUCAUAAAUGCCACUUCAUUCGCCUUCGGAUCGGGAUUUUCAGGAGCUCUUGAAACGGUUCUUUCUUCUUCCUACGGCAGGAACCCUACCAACAAGCUCUAUGGAAUUUAUGCGCAGCGUAUGGUGCUUCUUUUGUUAGCCACUGCUUUUUUCAUCGGGCCUAUUCUUGCUUUUAGCGAUAGCUUGUUGAUUGCCAUUGGGCAAAAUCCUCAAGUAUCCUACUACACGGGUGUUUUUCUUCGAGUAGCAAUUUUCGGAACAUAUCCGAUGAUGAUAUUGGAGGUCGUUCGGCGCUACUAUGCUUGUCAACAUCUCAACAGCUCCUUGUCUGUCUCUAUGAUCCUAAAUGCCCUUCUGUUUUUCUUGGUAUUAUGGACGUGCAUUAAGUUGUUUGGAUUUAUAGGCGCAGCCAUUGCAUGGAAUUUUCUUAUGGUGUUUAUUCCACUAUCCUUGAUAAUUUAUCUGCGCUUCACAGGGAAGUACAAGAAAACUUGGGGUGGCUGGAGAGAGGCCACCUUCCACAAUUGGACCCCCCUACUCAGGCUUGCAAUACCCUCCAUGAUUGUGGUACUGAGCGAAUGGGUUUCGCUUGAGAUUAAUGGCAUUGUCGCGGGUUUUGCCCCUGAAAACGAUCUGGCCGCUUUUGGCAUCUGGUAUCAGCUUUCAUCUAUCUUAUGGAGCUUUGUAUCUGGUGUAUUUAUCAUGGCGGCUGUAUUGGUAGGAAAUGCAAUAGGCCAAGGUAACAAUCAUCUGGCACGAAGGUGCGCCUGCAUUUCCUUGGUAGUGGGCUGUGCAUUUUCCAUGUUUAACAUAAUGCUUGUUAUUUGUUUUUCCCGAUAUAUUCCGCGUAUCUUCUCAGAUAACGACGAUGUUGCCUCGAUCUUCCUUAGAAUUAAAUGGUGGUGGAUCACUUUCCAUUUUUUUGAUUGUUUUCAGAGUUGCAUGAUGGGUAUCUUGCGCGGUUGCGGACAGCAGCUUAUUGGCUCAUUCGUAAUUGCUUUGGUUUACUCAGUCGUCGGUGUACCACUUGGUAUUACUCUUUUUUUCAAGACAUCCAUGGGUGUUAAAGCGCUAUGGAUGGGCCCUGCUAUUGGUGUGUCUUGUGUUGGAUUUCCCGUGUACUUAUACUUGUUUUUCUAUCACAUAGACUGGGAUAAGCUAACCUCGAUAAAUGAGGAGCUUCCUGCCUUGAGCACCAGAAAUGAUAGGCUAUCCACACGGGCACCUUUCUCCACCAAAGUGAGUGACAUCGAUAUCUUUCAGGAAUGCGAAUCGAAUUGCUCCACGUGCCCAGCUUCUUCUUCUCAUCCCUUUGAAUCGAGAAAUGUAAGCAUAUCCAACAGUGAGCAUGGUGAAUUUGAACAUUUGUCCUUUGCAUCACAUUUACGUUUUGCCUCGCGGGAUAUUUUGUCGAUGCCUCAGUCAUUUUACAUGCACUCAGCUGAUAAUCAGACUGAAGCACCAAUAUUACACAAUGCUGUGAAGUCAGCGAAAUUGAACUAA